AUGGCGCCCAAGAGGAAGCCCGAGCAGGUGCGGCCGGUUGGGCUCGAGAGGCUGGACGCCAGCAUGCGGAACGCGUGCGUUGACGUGCAGGUGCUGGGCGCGGUGGAGAUUUUUACGUUCAUCGACAAGGAAGAUGGGGAGACGGAGCGCGUGUACGGGGUCGCUGCCGGAUUUGCCCUUGGCAGGGUGGUGUCGAUGACGUUCUUCGGCGAGGCGGUGGACGAGAUGCGUUCGGCGUGCGUGGACGUGCCCGUGGCGCUGCGGCUGCGUGGGGGCAUGGUGGGGAUACGUCACGAGACGUCCCUGUCGACGAUCAUGUACGACAUGACGUUCGACAGGAAGUUCGGUGUGCAGAAGUUGGCGGCUGGCGCCAUCGGGCUUGGGGACGUGCCCGCGUGCGUGGCGACCUCGGGCGGGCGCCCGGGGCACGUGGCGGGCGUGGUGAGCAAGGUCGGUGAGAUCAAGCACGUCCACCGCAGCAUUGUGACGAAGGACCGGGGCGGUGGGGACCGGAGCGUCGAGGUGAUGGAGGUGGAGGUUGCGGUCGAGUCUCCGACGGCGUGCGUCCUUGCUGUGAACGUGUGGGGCAAGGGCGCGCGCGUGCUGCGCGGCGGUGUCUUGGGGCGGGUGCCGCCGUAUCCGGUGAUGGUGCACGGCUUGUCUUUGCGGCCGGCGGGGGAGGGGAAGCUGAAGGCGACGCUGAGGGGCGGCGGGGCCAUUCGGGCCAUGGAGGCUCCGGAGAUGGUGCGCUGGUACGAGGGGGUGAAGGAGUCCCUGGAGUUGGCGACUCGGGUUUAUCGGGCGCCGUCCUUGGCCGAUGCCGUGGCCGUGACUGGCGUUGGGCUUCGCAGCUUGCACGAGGCCAUCGAGGGCGGCAAUGCGGAGGAGGUGCACCACGUGAAGGUGGCGGCGUCGUUGGUGGACGUUUACCGCAAGAGAGCGCCUUUCUACGAAGCGUGUUUGGAGAAGACGGUGGAGGGGCGGACGUGCCACACCAAGACGGCGGCGGGCUUCUGCUGGCGGUGCGACAAGGAGGUGGCGAAUACGGAGCCGUUCAUGUUCGCGCGUGUGCGGUUGCUCUUUGAAGAUGGGGCGAUGGCAUGGGUGACCGUCUUGGGGGCUUCGGGGGAGCAGCUCCUCGGCGUUUCGGCGCAGCACGUGGCGGAGUUGGAGAGCGUGUCCGUCAGCGGUGGUGAUGCGGCGCGGAAGAACCUGGACGGCGUCGUGAGGGGGGCGAGGGAGGUCAAGUGGACGGUUGGGGUGAAGUUGGAGGGGUACGAGACGGAUGAUGGGGUGGUGGCGAGUGCGACCGUCUUCGAGGUGAAGACGGUGCUCAAGCGUUCGGCGGCGGAUGCGCUGGGAGGUGCCGGCGUGAGCACGGGCGCGGCGCGGGGGGCCGAUGGCCAGGCGGUGUCUCCGAGCGCGGCGACGGCCUCGGGGGGUCGCGGCGAUCUAUUCGGGUUCGGCGGCGCCGAGGACGGCGGCGGGUUCGGGUUCGGAGGCGGUCCCCCUGGCGAGGCGGCGGGGUCUGGCGCGGCGGCAGCCUCGGCGGCUGGUGGCGAUGGGGCGCCGCAGCAGGAGGAUGACGCGGAGGAGUGA